UCUCAGACAUUCAACAACUAUGUAUCAGUGCUCCACAUAGCGGUGAUGGGAGAUUUUUUUGGCUCCUUUAUAAAGUGCGAUCCAUAGACUGUUUCAAGCUUUUGUCUACCUCGCUUCUACUGUAUCUGCCUUAGCCAAACGCAAACAACCGCACAACUUCGUCGCCAUGGAUUUCCUCCCGGAAUCCAUUCUCUCCCUAAUCCAAGACAACCCCACAAUCCAACAACUCACCUCAUCCUCGAUCGUGUUUCAUGUCAACAACGCCCGCACCACAUACCUGGAUCCCUACAUUUCCCACCUGAAGACAACCUACCUGGACCCAUACAUCGUCCAACCUCUCGCCACAAUGCUCGCCUCUUCAAUGCCCGAUCUUGUAUCGGUCCUGGUCCUCGCUCUCGUUCUCAUCAUCUCUCUCAAGGUCCUCGACUAUGCGCGACGUGUCGUCAUGUUCUGGAUUACGUUGGCGCUGCGAUUAAUCUGGUGGGGAUUCAUCCUCGGAGCCAUCUGGUACGCGUAUACUGCUGGGCUAGAGAAGACCGGUCGCGAUCUAGGCUGGCUCUACGGGGUCGUGAAGGGAUUCGCAGAGAAGUUCCAGGAUGGAUUUGAGGGCGGUCAGAGAUCGUCGUCGGCUACUGGAGGUUGGGGAGGGUAUGCUUCUGGUCGGGAAUUUCAGGUCCCUAUGGGGAGAGGUUGAGCUUUUAGCCGCCUCGGCCUGGCUUUUACGAAUCAUGUGCGAUUGAUGUUGUUGCGCUGUUCUUGGGUAUAUGCUGGAGAAAAAUGCCAACUUGGGGAGUUGGUGAUAAUCGCGUUCACAGCGUUGAUUUUUUCGCUUUUUCCGUCUUUGCACUUUUACGAUGUUGGAUUUAUGAUGCAUACAUUAUUCAUUAUUUUCGACAUUAUUUUGUUUUCAUGACGGUGUGUCGGUUUAGAUACAUGGCUUCUAUAUCGUGGCAUUUCUGCGCCUUU